AUGCUCAUAUGUGAUGAAUUAGAAGACGACAACUUGGAAAAGGCUUUAGAAGCCAUCGAAAGACGUCAAAAGAAUUUACAAUUACAAGAAAGUGAAUACUACGGUCAACCUGAAAACAUUGGCUACGGAUUUCAAAAAACGUUAGGUUUUUUCGAUAGUGGUCCAGCAACGGAAAUAGGAAGUUUUAAUAUCGAUCCGAAAAAUGAAAACGAAUUUCAAAGUUUAAUUUACAAUUAUCAAAAGGAAAAUGAUGAUGAUGAUGAUGGAAAAAAUCACAAAUCGAUUUUUCGUGAACGCAUGCCAAAUUAUAGGAAAAAUUACAUGUUGAAUGAGAAAAAUGAUGAGGAAGACUAUGAUGCUCCGACUACUAGUAGUAUCGAAUACUUGCAAAUGCUUAAGAACCUUUGGUCGAAAUACCGUCAAUCGAGGGAUGACGAAUUCAGUCUGGAAAACUUAACAGACGAUCAAUUGAAAGAAAUGUUAAGCUCUUUGUACGAUCGAGAUUUGAGCGAUGACCAACGUUACGUAAACGAUUUCGAUAAUAUUAAGUUAAAACAAAUAGAAUCCGUACCUCUAAGGUAUCGUAAAAACUACAGGGUAUUCGAAAGUCUUAAAGAUAGAAGAAAACGUUAUCCCGUAGUCGGAGAAGAAAUUUACAAUAAGAAAAAUCUACGUAAUCAGCACAUGAAUCCCUAUGAAAAUCCUUCUAAAAUCCUUAAUUAUCCCUAUUCUUUAAAAUAUGUUUACCCGGACUUGAACAGGGAUAUCGUCGAAAGCAUGAAAGAAGCCGGUUUGGAAGUUUUGGGCGGCGACGAAAAAGAUAGAAACGUCAUUAAAAUACUGAACAACGCGAUAAACCAUCCAAAAUAUUACGAAGAAGAAGAGGCUCCGUAUUGGUCGUCAGACGAACAAAAUAGUUACGAAGAUGGGGUUUGGCUUCCGGGACCCGUUUAUUCAGAUGACUGGUACGACAAUCCCGAGAGAAAUGAAAAAAGAAUCGAGGGAACGGUUAAACAUUUCAAGCCACACAAUGGAAUUCAUUUAAAUUCGAAAAGAUUUCCGGUCAAAAGGAGUCCUUCCGUGAGAGUUAGAAAAGAAGUUCAAAACGAAAAGGUGUCGAAAGAAUUAAAGGGGAUUUUCGGUACGAGCACAGUUCCACCCAAAAAAGGCUCGGAAAAAAAACCUACGGAAAUCGUCAAGAAACAAAAUCAGACCGUGGCUUUGACGGGUAAAAAAAAAGAAAGUAAAAAAGUGAUUCGAAGCGCGGAUAGAUACGACAAGGAAAGAGUUUUACCCGUUCGCCAAAACGAAGAAAUAAGUAACAUUUUCGAAACCGACAAAAGAACAAUCGAUAAAAAAUCAAUCGAUUGGUCGCAAUAUUUUGGAAUAGAUAAAAGAUCGAAACAAAAUUGGCUUCAAAACGAUUAUUUAAAGCGAGCCGAAUCCCAUUUUCUAACGCCUAAAAAUAAAAGAUUGUCUCUCGAUCGUUCUAAAUCGAAUUUUUUAAACGAGUAUCAGCAGUCACAGUAUGAAAUGCCUUUCGAUACCAGACGAUUUAACAAAAAAGGAAACGGAUACGGGAGUGAUAUCGGAAACAAUAUCGACAACGUUGAAAACAAAAUAGUCGACAUAGAAGAGAAAAUAAUAGACGAUGCUCUCAAAUACACGGGUUCGCAAAUGGAAGUCAACAGCGAGGAUUUGAACAAAGUUAAAAGCAAAGUCAUACAGCACUUGGAAGCGGCAUACAGUUUGGAAAAAAUGAAAAACGCAUUGGAAGAAUUUAAAAAUUUAAUUAAACCGUCCGGUAAAGAUCACGGAAAUGGGAAUAAUUUUAAAAAAACGGGUACAGAAGCACCUAAAGUGGAAGCUCAAACGACAGUUCAAACGGUAAAGGAAAAUUCGAACAUUGAAAAACCACUCUCCGAUAAAAAGUCAACCCCGGAAAACAAUAAAGGAAUUUCUGGAAAAAAUGACGGAAUCAAAGAUAUAUUCAAUCGAGAUACCCCCUCGGAAAAUUUGGAAUUUUUAAACGAUCCACCAUAUUAUAAUCGAGAUUACAAUAACGAAGAAUGUCCCGUUUUGGAUCACAUUUUACGAAAUUGUCUUAGAAUCGAAGGUACGAAUGGAAAAUUCACCGAACUAUUGGUUCCUCUUUGUUCUUUACAACAAGUUUGCUACUUUUGCGGUGCCGAAAUAGGCUUUACUAAAUUGUCAAUGUGCGAUGCAAUGUACAUGACGGAAGUGCAAAAUGUUUGUCAGGAUAACGGGGAAUGUUUGAUGAAUGCGAGAGACAAUCUCAUGGGUCUUAGAAACAUGUACGAACAAGAUUUUAUAAAAAGCAGUCGUCGAUUAACUUUCGGAUCCUGUCUUUCAAAUCCUUGCAUACAAAGGUAUUUCCUGAACAGUCCGGGAGCCAUUUACCCAAUGGAAGCAUAA